AUGAACACAUCUACAGCGUGCUCUUGGCAGACGGAAGUGUCUUUCUCGUCUAGGUCACACCUCAGAAAUCAGGUCACACGUUGAGUUUGCGGCAGCAGUUGGGCAUUUUAGAAGUCAGAAGUCACUUAACCAAAACAUUUGUGCAAAUGAGUGAAAAAUCUUGACGAUACAGUUCGGGGAACAGAUCGCUGAUGUCUGGGAACGUUUGUAUCCCUCAAGAAGGAAAUGGCAAAGUCAGUCGGGUUAUUCGCAUGGGAACAAGGAAGAGCCAGCUGGCUCGCAUUCAAACAGACAGUGUGGCCAGCACACUGAAAGAGCUUUAUCCAGACGUUCAUCUAGAGAUAGUUGCCAUGUCGACAAUUGGGGACAAAAUCCUGGACACUGCAUUAUCAAAGAUUGGCGAAAAGAGCCUCUUCACCAAAGAGCUGGAAAAUGCCCUUGAGAGAAAUGAAGUGGAUAUUGUGGUUCACUCUCUUAAGGAUUUACCUACCUCAUUGCCCCCUGGAUUCACUAUUGGAGCCAUUCUUCAGCGGGAAAAUCCCCAUGAUGCAGUGGUGCUUCAUCCAAAGAAUGCUGGACUUACCCUGGACAGCCUGCCAGAGAAGAGUGUGAUUGGCACAAGUUCACUUCGCAGAGCAGCUCAGCUGAAGAAACGAUUUCCUCAACUGGAAUUUGAAAAUAUUAGAGGGAACCUAAAUACCCGCCUAAAGAAGCUGGAUGAAAAGGACGACUAUGCUGCCAUCAUUCUGGCCGCAGCAGGCCUCAAACGUAUGGGCUGGGAAAACCGAAUCAGUCAAAUUCUCGGCCCGGAAGAUUGCAUGUACGCAGUUGGCCAGGGAGCAUUGGCAGUGGAAGUCAGAGCACAAGAUAAAGAUAUUCUGGAAAUGGUUUCUGUCCUGCACCAUCCGGACACAGUGCUGCGGUGCAUCUCUGAGAGAGCUUUCCUCAAACAGCUGGAAGGAGGCUGCAGUGUGCCUGUUGCUGUUCAUACAGAAGUGAAAGAGUCCAAGUUAUAUUUGACUGGAGCAGUUUAUAGUUUGGAUGGAGCUGAUUGCUUGAAGGACACUAUGCAGACGUGUGUGGAAAUAGACAACAAAGUGAGUGAGAGCACACCGGAGUGUGUACACGUUGCAGUCACUGCCAACAGUAUAUCAUCAUCAGCCCUCGAUGCUGCUGAGAAACUGGGGAUGGAUCUAGCAAAUGUUCUCCUUAACAAGGGGGCUAAAGACAUUCUCACAACAGCCAGGAAACUUAAUGAUGCUCGAUAACUUUUUUUUUUUUUCACAUUUUGUGCACUGAAGUUAAGACCUAUUUCAGGAAUCUUUGACAUGCUGUUAACUUGAUAAACAGUACACUCAACUGUAUGAUCUAUAGCUGAAUCUCCAGAGCUUAAGUACAACCAUGAUUGGGUGAAGUAUCAAGUCACUUCAGCUACUGUACCUCAGUUCAACAAUGUGACAACACAAGAUGCUGAAACUUGGACUGUUUUGACUGCCAUCAUCUCUCAGGCACAGAAUUCUGGAAGAAAAUUCAUGUUGAUCGUCUUCCUCUUCUAAUGAUCAGGCUGCCUUUAUCUAUGAACCACAUAAAAAUGAGGUGCUCAAAAUGGCUACCUUUUACAUCUGGCCAUGGUUUUGAUUAUAGAAAUGAGUAUCUAACAAAAUUUAUAUCUAUAUCUGUAUAUGCUUAAUUUUCAAAAAUAUAUGCAUUUUAUCACUGUGGAAUACUAUAAAACUAACCCAUAUUCAUAUUCUAAGAUGUGAUUUCUUAAGUGUUUGGAAUCAAUGUAAGAUUUGUAUUGGCAAAAUAUUCUGUUUUAAGUUUGCCUAAAUUAAAAGAUUAACUAGAAUGUUUUUUUUAGUCAAAGACGACGCCAUAAUGUGCCUUAUAAACAUGUUGAAUUGUAAACUUAAUCAUAGCAAAUCACUUUGACCAGCAAUGUUAAUGUUUUCUGUAACUACCAACAUGAGAAAAUAAAGAAUAUCUUUAGUA